CCUCCGAAAAGAGAGCCCUCUUCCACUUUCGCCGCCCCUCCCCGCCGCCCGAAGUUGCCAGAGGACGCAAGGCGGGAGGCCAGGCCAGGCCAGGUCAACAGAGCUCUUUUCACCGCUCGGCCACGGUGGCCAAGCCAGGCGUAAUGAAAGGUAAUUGGCUAGGCUGUUAUCCAUCUGCAGCCUACAUCUUGCCUCCAAAUGCCUCUAAUUGAAUUGCUGUAAUUUUUUGCCCUUCCUAAUGCACUGCCUUGGCGAGGGGAAAUGGCCAAAGGGUGUGGGCGGCUCUCGAUUCCCCCCGGGGGAAGAGACAAGCAGCUCCUACAAGGUUGAGCCGCAGCUCAUAAAUAGCUGAGCUCAGGCAGGCUUGGGUGCCACUCAGACAGCCCCCUCCCUCCCUCUGGUGCGCGCGUUAUCCCGGCCUCCCCAAGACUUCUCCCGCAGGCACCUCCUCUCCGCCCGCGGGAUCCAGGCAGUGAGUGACCGAGGGCUCCCAGAGAUCAACCAGCCCCACAGCCGCCUGGGGACCGCUUCCCUGUCCCAUCACUAGCCAGGAGGAUCGAGCUGAAUAUCCGAGCGGGGCAUCGCUCCUCACCACAAGAUGCAGAGGUGUACUAGUCUCCUGUUCGCCUCCUUGAUCUUCGGCGCUGCGGUCUCAGAGACGUUCGGGCUGGUCUUAUCCGCUAAAGAGAAAAGGGGAUGGACUAUGAAUAGUGCUGGUUAUCUGCUUGGCCCACGUCGUAUUGAACAGCUCCUCAAGGAAAUGCCCAGUGCAAGGGGGAGAGAAGAGCCACCUGGGGAAUAUGCAAUAGAUAGAGUUUUUCAUGACAAGCAUGGUCUAGCUGGUAAACGUGACAUACAGCCUGAAGGAAAUACAAAAGCAGGUAUUUUUGGAAGACCACUGACUGAUGACAGUAUUAUGCAUACAGUAAUUGAAUUUUUGACCUACUUACAUCUCAAAGCUGGGGCUUUUGAUGACAUACCUACAACAGUUUCCUCAGAAGAAACAAAUCAGUCUUGAAAGAGAAUGUAUUCAUACUCUGUGUUAUAAAUUCCCAACAUCAAACUUUGAACAAAAUAAGACAUUUAUUGUCUGCAUUGACCUUUCACACUGUUACUCAUUGUCAACUUCUUUUUGUCUUUUCUUUCUUCAGUGAUGUCACAUUGUAAAAAAUUUCCUUGAUAAAAAUUUUACUUUAGAUAAAUGACAAAAUAAAAAAAUAGCAGCUGCAUCUUGUUUCACAUUUCCUAGAAUAUUAUGAAGCUUUUGCUAUAGUUAAGGGGGCUUCAGUCCUGCUUUCAGAUCUGUUUCUUUUCAAGGGCUGAUAGUGACAAUAGGGGAACUCAUUUGGUGUGACCCAAAAGAAAUCUCUUUUUGCUGUAAAGCAAAGAAAUGUAUGCAGUAACAACAGCAAACACAACUACCUGUUUCAAACAAUGCAGAUCCUACCCAAGACGCUCAGACAGGAACCAUUUUUGAUGAGUAGCUCGGCAAUGGAAACUCUUCCAAGCCAAAAAGCCAUCAUCCAUAGCAACAGGUAGAUCUAUGGGCUGUUCAGUCCUCUUGACUCCUUUACGUCCUUUAUGCCAGGUGACAGAAGAUGCUGCACUAAGGGUCAAACUACAUGUUAUGCUUAAUGUGUAGUGUGCGGCUACAUCUCUUGUUUUGCUGAAAUCAGUUACAGCUGUUUCCGCCGUCCUUCCUUUAGCUCUGGCAGACAAUCAGCUACAUUGCACAGUAUAACACUCUAAGAGGC